UUCUCGCGGUUUGAGCUUGCCAGUUACGCGCAUGCGUAGUUGCUUCCUAGCAGUUUGUGGCUGGAGAUACUAGUUGCAGGCGGUUAGCUGGUCAUCUUGUCUACAUCCGUAUAAGUAAAAAUUUAGGAACGUUUUUAUUCCAGUUAAGAUUAUUUUCGUUUACUUUAAAGUAGGAGUUAGCAGAGUUUUACUCACUGCUGCUUUGUUGUGGGUGCUGUUUUGCUUGGCGCAGUGAAUGUCGGGAAGUUUGGCGGUUUUAUCCUCCGCAUUGUUUGGGAACCGGUAUAAUAUUAGCUUGUGGCUAAGCUAACUUUAGCCGUUGACUGAGUUGAGCGAAGCUCGGUUUCUAGCGCAUCCUCUGUGUUAUCAGGGAUUGUUGAAUGUUACACACUCAAGUCGGAGAAAGAAAAUAUUCGUAGUAUUCGGUGGAUUUCUUCAAAAAUGGCCGCAACGGCGUUCGAGAUGGACGGAAGUGUAAUGGAAGGGGGAGGACAAAUCCUGAGGAUUUCAGCUGCACUGAGUUGUAUCCAGGGAACCUCUCUGAAACUGAACAAAAUCCGAGCAGGACGAAGCACCCCAGGGUUAAGGCCUCAGCAUCUGUCAGGCUUGGAGCUGCUGAGGGACAUGUGUGAUGGGAACCUGGAGGGUGCCACUGUGGGAUCCUCAGAGAUCGCACUGACUCCCAGGAAGAUCAAGUGUGGGAAUUACAUUGCUGAUACACAGACAGCUGGGAGUGUGGGGCUUCUGCUGCAGAUCUCGCUGCCCUGUGCAUUGUUUGCUGAGGGACCUUCAGAGCUCUGUUUGAAAGGAGGAACCAAUGCUGAGAUGGCUCCACAGAUUGAUUACACACUUAAGGUGUUCAAACCCAUCGUCGAAAGAUUUGGCGUGCAAUUUGACUGUGAUUUAAGGAUGAGAGGCUAUUACCCUAAGGGUGGUGGAGAAGUGGUGGUAAAGGUGAACCCUGUAAAAGAGCUGAGUCCAAUCAGCAUGACAGAGAGAGGAACCAUCACAAAGAUCUAUGGCCGUGCCUUUGUGGCUGGUGUGUUGCCUUUUAAGUUGGCGAAGGACAUGUCUGCUGCAGCCGUGCGGACUAUCCGAAAAGAGAUAAAAGACCUUUACGUCAACAUACAGUCUCUGCAAGAGAAGGACAAGGCCUGUGGAAAUGGGAAUGGCAUCAUAAUCAUUGCAGAGUCAUCUACAGGCUGUAUUUUUGCUGGGUCAUCUCUUGGAAAAAAAGGUAUUUAUGCAGAUAAAGUUGGCAUUGAGGCAGCUGAGAUGCUCCUGAGGAACAUCAGGCACAACGGCUGUGUGGACGAGUUCUUGCAAGACCAGCUGAUUAUCUUCAUGGCCUUGGCUAAGGGCACGUCCCGGAUGCGCAUUGGACCAAUCACUCUACACACACAGACGGCCAUCCAUGUGGCCGAGCAGCUCACUAAGGCCAAGUUUGCAAUACACAAAGCUGAUGACGAACAUGCCAACACUGACACCUACAUCAUCGAGUGCCAGGGUGUGGGUGCCACCAACUCCCACCUGUGAGCUUGCUUUCAGAGUGCUGACAGGGGCAGCUGGAGGUCAUGUAGCAGAAACACACUACUGUAACCAACAAGACAGUGUGAAGACGUUGUCGUUUCUGCGUUUCUCUUCACGCUUCCACAUGGAACAUUCGCUUCAUUAGUCUUUGAGCUGACCCUGAGUUGGCCAGCUUUGUCCACGCUUUUUAUAAUAAUCCCAUUUCUCAAAUGACUUUUGUUACUCAGGGUAUUGCCUUACACUGUUACCGAUCGUCGUCUGUCCUAGGAGCUGUUUUUUUUUUUAUUAUUAUUUUGCCUUAAUGAUUAGUUGAUUUAGAAUUUUCAGUAGUUAACCAGAUGAUUUUUCUUUCUUUAAUCCGCUUUACACUUUUGUGUGCUGAACACAAGCCUUAAAGAAAACAGUUUCACAAUCAGAACACGGUUUAAAUCCGGAUCAUGUGCAUGGAACUAGGAAUAUGUAUGUCACCAGUAAUUAUAGUGCACUGUGUGUACAUGGAGCUAAACAAAAUGGUCUGCUGUCCCUGAGCAAAAAACCGAGUAUGUAGCUUCUUUGUCUUUUUUUUUUUUUUUUUUUUUUUUUUUUAAAUUAUUUAAGUUGAUUAAUGGAUGAUAUCCAUGUAUUUUUGUUGUUGUUUGUUUCUCUCCUUUUCCUUGACAUUUUUAUCUGAAGCUCAAUGUUUAGCUUUAGGUUUGUGAGGUGGUGGGUUUGUGGAAUAAUGGUCAGCGUUUUCACUUGUAGUGGUUACAUCAUUAUUUAUGAGAAGGGAUAUGUGGUGAUCAUGAUUUUUUUUUCUUUGUCUCCUUUUUUUAUUUUAUUAUUUUUACUUUUUUGCUUCACUGUAGCUGACAAUAUGACCUCUGUUUACUUUAAGAUAUUUUUGAAAGAGAGAAAAUCACAAUAAAAUUGUUAAGAAUA